AUGCGUGAAGCGGACGAAGCAGGCAGCGACGCCUCGGCGCUGGAUUCUGAAUGCAAAUCCGUGCGCACCGAAUCGCUGUACAGCAACACGAGUGCUGCGUCGUCCGCGGCAAGUCUUCCGUCGGUCGAAACGCUCGUUCGGCAGCGCACAGCGGCAAACGAGCGCGUGCAGCCAUCGCAUGAUGCUCCGCCCAAGACGCAGGAGCCGAGAGCGCGGAUCGCGCGCGGCCCAUCGAGCCUGAUUCAACAGACGCCCAAGGUCCUAGUGCUGGAUCUCGACGAGACGCUGAUACACUCGACGCUGCGGACCCAGCCAGUCUGGGGCAUCCUCGGCGCCCCCUAUACCCCCAACAAUGCGGAAAAAAAGGGUGCGAACCGCAGUAACGGUAUCUUUAGCUUUCUGGGGCUCGGUGCACGCACGCUGACGGCCCAGGCGCCGCCAAGCUCGCGCCUGCAGCCGGCGAUGAUCGAGGUCACGAUCGAUGGGCACCGCAUCUUUUACCAGGUGUACAAGCGGCCGUGGGUGGAUUACUUUUUGCGCAAGGUCGCAUCUUGGUACCAUGUCGUAAUAUUCACAGCAUCUAUGAAAGAGUAUGCCGACCCGGUGAUUGACUGGCUCGACGACGGGCAAGGUCUCAUUUCGGGCCGCCUCUUUCGUGACUCUUGCACAUUGCGGAACGGGACAUACCUCAAGGAUCUGGUUGUGGUCGAGCCGGAUCUGCGCCGCGUCUGCCUUGUGGACAAUUCGCCGGUGAGUUAUGUGCUGCAAGAAGCGAAUGGCAUCCCGGUCGAGGGCUGGACCCACGAUCCAACCGACGAAGCGCUCCUUGACUUGCUCCCGAUCCUCGAUGGGCUGCGGUACGCUACAGAUGUACGGCAUAUUCUCGGCGUGCGUGGUUUUUAA